AUGCCUCCGAGCAGAGCCCAGAUGCAAAACUGGACGACGUUUGUUUUGUUUCUGAACGAUUCCUUGUGGCAAGAUCUGCAAAGCGAUCAACCACAGCUGGUUAAGCUGGACAGGCUGGCAAACUGCUUAGCACGCCUGGGACUUCGGAAUCCCAGUGAGCUGACCCUGGCUGCCAUCGACGCUGUGCUGACAAUGUUGGACACAGCAGCAGGAGAAACGACUCGCAACGAUGCAACCUUGGCUUUCCAGCUGCUCGGCACCAUUCGCAAUCGAACGAAGGCUGCGAUAGCUCGUGCUCGCACACAAGGAUUGCCAGAGCACCAAGCGCCGAUGAAUCUGCCAGCUGUCGCAAACCACGUUACGGUUCCGGGGGCGUGGAGGCAAGCAUUCUUUGCGGGAGGUUUCACGCAGACUCGCUUGGUCUUGGACACGGUGCUGCGUCACGCGCGGGCAUGGCCGUUGAGGCAAUCGAAUCGUUUGGUUGGAGAAGAGCGCACCAGAGCGAUGGCGCCAGCAAGGCCAGCGGCAGAUCCUCUGCAUUCGCUGCAGAUGCUUUCGCACGCGGCGCAAAUCUUUCAGGGGUUCCAAGGUCGUUCAAGAUCAGAACCACAGCUUCAUAUCUUCGGCGAUGGCGGCAGGGCCUCGGGAGGCAGUGGCUCGCAGGGCAACGGGGCUUCGAGAGUGCUUGCUUUGUCAUCGACACAAAGCUUAGGAGAAUCGCAGCAGAGUGGGCACGGUGCGUUGCUGUCUUUACCGCCUGCGCCGCCGCAAGAGGCAGCCCCGCCAGCGGCACAGCAGGAACUGUCAGAGGCUGCAUCAGCGGUCCAGCCGCCGGCGCCGGAGGUGGAGAGAACCCCCGCAAGAGCCGCUUCCGGUUCACAAGGCCUCCCUGCAGACACAGGCGGCAGCACCCCGCCUGAGCGCUUGAGCAAGGGCAGUCCCCUCGGUCACUUGCCGUCGAAGUUGAAGGAAAGUGUCAAGGGACUGGCUGCUGUGCACUACGGCAAAGAGCUUCGGUCGCCUUGGUCUUACUUUCGUGACGGGGCGGGGCAGUCUAGCGGCAGAAGGCGUGUCAAGGGGAAACAAACCGACGCCGCAAGCCCGGCAGCGGCAAAAACACCAGUGUUGCGAAGGCCAGCUGCGGCAAUGGAUCGGGAGACAAGGUCGAGGAGUUCUGCAGCUCCUGCAGCGGACUCGGUGCUGCGCAGGCCUGCAGCCGCCGCGGUUGCGAAGAGUCCCUUGAAAAGGCCAGCUGCCAAGGACGGGCCGGUUGCAAAGAAGCCAGCGCUGCAGCAAGUGCCCGACUUGCUGCGACUGCCGUCUGUCUGGGAAGUUAAAGAUGAAGGAUCGCCAGCCCCCGUUUUGAAGAAGCCAGCAGCCCGAGAGUCGUUUGCGCAGCCUGUCUCCGCCGCGACCCAUGGAGACGAAGAAGCACCGCGGGCAUCGAUGGCGGACGAGAGGGCGGCGGCGGCGGCGCUCGUUCCGGUCGCAGCUUGGCUUCCUCCUCCCCCUCGCGGGGGCGGCGGCGGUCAAGCUCGGUCUUCGCCAAACUGGGAGAGAGUGGCGAUGCCUGGAGCGGCUGAUCCCUCGACUUCUCCGGCGGGAACAGGCACGGCGACCAGGACCAGGAGCGAGUCUCAGCGAAGCGACAGCUCCUCCCACUCCAAAGAGACAAGGCGCUCCCCUUCCGCAGGCAGGAAGCGGCGCGAGAGAAGCUCUUCGGAGCACGAAGCCUCUGAGGAGAAACCUCCGGGAGAGUGGGGCCCGAAGCCCGCGGUGUCGGAGGCGCCUUCGAAGAAGAGUCCGUUCGACGUGCAGGAGCCGGCGGAGGAAACAGAAGCGGAGGAAAGGGAGGUGGAGAAGAGCCGCAAGCGUGAGAAGAAAGAAAAGAAGAAGGACAAGAAGCGCUACAAGAAGCACAGCAGCGAAGAGCGGGGAAGGCACGAGGAGGAGCGUGACAGCCCGCCUCCCCGGAAGCUUAGGCUGCUUUGGGGCUUGCUGACGGCGGAGGAAGUGGAACACUGCACCCACAUGGGGCCGCAGUGGUGCCCUCUCUACGGGACUCACAUGUGCCGCAAGUCCCUCAAAGAGCCCUGGGCCGCUGUUCAGCAUCUGCAAGCGAAGCAUGGCGUGGAGGAAGAGCAGGCGAAAGCGGCAGCCCGCCAGCUCUGGAAGCUCGAUGCACUCGGGAUCCGCCUCCGGUCUCGCUCGGAGCUUCGGGAUGACAGGCGCCCUGCUGAGCCAAAGGAUCCGCCAAGGAGGUCGGGCCAGAAGCCGCCGAGCUCCAAGCUGCAGACAGUCAAGGAGGAGCCAGUGGAGAGGGAGCCGGAAGCUGCCUUGCCUCCCAAAAGUGGCGGCCAAGCUUCGAUGCCCCAGGGUGUUGCGGCCACCAAGAGCGAGGCAGAGGAUAAUAACCUGAAGUAUCAGCUGCUGCGAGAUCUGUUUGCUGAUGUGGCAGACAGAGUUUUGGGUGGAAGCAGCAGCUCCUCCACCCGCUUGUGA